AUGAGGAUGAGGCUGUUCUCAGGUACAGAGCUUGGCCUAUUGGUCUCGCUACUAUUCGCGGGGGCCAAUGCUUCGCCGUGGAUAGGAACUCAAUACGUUGAGAUCUUGGAAACUACUGUCCUCGACGGAUUUACCGCUUCCUAUCUCACAGAGAAACCCAUAGUCGAGACCUCCAUCAUCCCUAUCAGCCCGACAGGAACCAACCCUUCUGUCGUCAGCACAUUCACAACCAUCGAGGGCUACAGUUCCGAUGUGACAGCUAUCAACCUCGUGGUCGCCCCCACGGCAGGCGUCGCCAUUACCAGUAACACCUUCUACCAAUACUACGUUGAGGUAGCCUAUACGGCGCCGGCAUCAUGCUCCUAUACGACCAGCGCGACGAUCACGACGGCUAUCCCUGUGAACAUGCCUUAUGACGCGGAAAGAUUGGUCCGUCCAACGACUGUUGUCACUAGCACGCAGACAUAUCAGUACAUCACCAAUCAGUUCACCUACACCCAGGCGAUGCUGAACCCUAGCGACAUCCCGAGCAGCGUCCUGGCUUCUGUUAGCUCUUUGUACAAGCCUUCGCGAUUCACCUCCUGCGUCCAUAACUACUACAGCGGUGGCUCUUCCGGUAGUGGAUCCUCGAGUGGUGGCAGCAGUAGCAGUGGAAGCUAUGCUGGCUGUGACAAAUUUACCUGGUAUAUCGGGGGCUCGGCCUUUUCAGGUGGCUAUUGUUGUUCUAAUGGGUGCCAUUAUACCUGGGGUAUCUCGCCCGUUGGCCUGUUCCUAGCAAUCUUCUUCUCAUGGUUCGGCCUCUUCCUCAUCCUCGGUCUAUUUGAAAGCUGGUUUAUUUUCCGCCGGGCCAUGCUAGGACAAAAGGUUCGACGCGGACUGCCGUAUGCCUUUGCAUUCCUGUGUCCGAUUCUGUCCUGUUUCCUUCUUUUCACGGUGAAGAGGUACGAUCCCAAGACGCCUGAUCAGCAGACAUGGCUUGCGGGGCGUUGGAAGUCUAUGUCUGGGGGCGCGAAGGUGGGCCUGUGGUUGAAGAAGUUCUUUAGUCGUCGGGAUCCUGCUGCUGAGGUUCUGGGUUUCACUGGAUCUGUGCCUCCUCCUCAGACUCAGGCUCAGUAUCCCCAAGGUCCUUAUUAUCCUCCUACGGGCUCACCCCCUCCAGGUGCUCCAGGUGUGCCACCCAUGGCCGCCUAUCCUCCGUCUGAGCAGAGUUACCCCUCUCGUCAGGAAUAUUCCACUCCGCCGGUGCAUGUCAUGCCUCAGACAGAUCGGGCUACGGAGCUCAAUGCCGAGUCUCAGCCUAAGACAGUCUCUGUCAAUGAGACCGAGAGGAGUCAUGAGUUGCAUUAG